AUGGUGUCCCAUUACAUUUUUAGAUCUCGAAGUCAGAGUGUCUUGGAUACCUGUGAUAUCGUGGUGGACGUCGGCGGAGAGUACGAUCCCUCCAGGCACCGAUACGACCAUCACAUGAGAGAAUUCCAGGAGACGGCGAGUACUGUUAUGAAGAGGCCAGGAUACAAUUGGACGAUAAAGCUAAGCAGCGCGGGACUGAUCUACUGCCACUUCGGUCAUGAGAUAUUGAGGAGUGUACUUUCGGACGUGACAGAGGACAGAGUCAUCGAUGAGAUCUUCAAGAAGAUCUACGACACCUUGAUCAAGGAAAUUGAUGGCAUAGACAACGGCGUGCCGAUGUACGAUGCCGAGCCAGUGUAUCGGAUAGUUACGGAUUUAAGCGCGCGCGUAGGUAGACUGAAUCCCCAGUGGAACGGCAAAGAUGUGAAUAUCGAGAAGCAAUUUGCGAAAGCCAUGGAUUUGGUCCUGGGGGAAUUUUUGGAAUUUGUACAGUACGCGAAGGACGUUUGGCUACCGGCGAGGGACGUCGUGCGACGGGCUGUGGAGAGUCGAUUCGACGUUGACCCGAGCGGAGAGAUAAUAGCGUUGUCGCAAGCGGUACCGUGGAAGGAGCACUUGUUCCAACUGGAGACGGAGAUGAGCGUGUCGCCGUCGAUAAAGUACGCCAUUUUCGAGGCCGACAACGCUUACCGGGUCCAGUGUAUGCCGGUGGCGCUGGGAAGUUUCGUGUGCAGGACGUUCCUGCCGGAGGCGUGGGGCGGCUUGCGCACCGACGCCCUCGUGGAAGCCUGCGGAAUCGAAGGCGCCACGUUCGUGCACGCCGUUCGGUUCAUCGGCGGUCACAAAACCAAGGACGGCGCAGUGGCCAUGGCGCGGAAAGCGCUCGAAAUCGGGAAGGCCGAGGUGCAAAGUGCAGAAUAAUAUCUAGACCGUUAAUUUUAGAAUUUUUAUGAAUUUGUCCGUGGUUGUUGAACAGUUUUUAUAAAAACAGCUCGAGUUAUAAAUGCAACUCGUUCGUGUACAUACAAGUUUCCUUCCUAUUUAAAGACUCCGAUUAUUUAAUACACUCAUUAAAUCACGAUGUAAGUAAAUCAUUUCUUUUGAAUUCGUUGAAUUUGUCGUACGUCAAAUACCUUCGAAUAUAUUUAAUAUGUGUAUAAGGAUGGAUCAAACGGCGCAUAAAUUUAUUACAGAAUUUCUUAAAAA